GCCGUACCACUUUGAUGAUGCACCGGAAGCGCCCGAGUGGGCACAAAAGUGUGUGAAGACGCUGUCAAGCAGCAAAUCAGACGUAGAGGCCAGGAGAGCAGCCAGCGCUGAGCUGCAAGAGAAGCUUAUGGAACCGCUCCAGUCUCGACUGAUGCUCUUGCUCGUAGACGCUCUUUACGACGAGGACCUCGAAGUCAGACUGACCAUAGCGAGAACCUUUCAAAACCUUUGUUCCUUGGACCGGUGGCCAAUGGACGAAUGGAUUGCCCGCGUCGCACGGAAGCUGGAGCCAGAUUCCGAAGUCGAUCUCAUGACACGAAUCUUGUCUAUGCGAGCUUUGGGCUGGAUCGGACCCUGGGCAGCGCAUUACUCCGGAGCUUUGCGCCCGUACUUUGACCACGAGGAGGAAUUCGUUCGCCUUUCCGCAAUCGAAGCGGUGCGUGGGUUUUCGACCAUGUCUGCCGCGGAGGGGCCUUCCGGUGAAGUUGGCAGGCACAAGAAGUCCUUAGUGCGAUUGAUGCGCGAAGAUCCGAGCAUGGAGGUUCGGAAGAUGGCAGAGCAGGUGUUGGACAUGAAGGACUGGAAAGUCCCUCAUUGGAUGGAAGUCCAGAAGCCUGCCUGGCGCGAGCGUGUCAAGCGAGCCAUCGCCAACCGCGGCAAGGGCACCCGCAAGGGCAAGAAUAGUGAGGGCACCCUGCACAAGCGUUACUGGGAGAAGCUGCCAAGAUGA